AGAACGAAAGCGUCGUUUUUGCAGUGUCUUUUCCGUCACCGUUGAACAUGGAGACAAGUGGACUGAAGUUAAAUUUCUGGGAAAAUGGACCAAAACCUGGGCAAUUUUUUUCUUUUCCAGGUACCCGUACUCCUGGAUGUGGGCCUACGAAACACACACUUAACCCAAUGGUAACUGGGACAUCGGUGCUUGGGGUGAAAUUUACAGGUGGCGUCAUCAUUGCUGCCGAUAUGCUCGGCUCUUAUGGCUCCCUGGCACGCUUCCGCAACAUCUCCCGCCUCAUGAAAGUCAAUGACAACACCAUCCUGGGUGCUUCAGGGGACUAUGCAGACUACCAGUACCUCAAACAGAUAAUUGAACAAAUGGUGAUUGAUGAGGAGCUCCUUGGAGAUGGCCACAGCUACAGCCCCAAAGCCAUUCAUUCCUGGCUUACACGUGUCAUGUACAACCGCCGCAGCAGAAUGAAUCCACUGUGGAACUCUGUAGUUAUUGGUGGAUUCUACAAUGGAGAAAGCUUCCUUGGCUUUGUCGACAAGCUUGGAAUUGCAUAUGAAUCCCCAGCAGUAGCAACAGGAUUUGGUGCCUAUUUGGCUCAGCCCUUGAUGAGGGAGGUGGUGGAAAACAAGGUAGAAAUUACCAAGGAUGAGGCACGGGGUUUGAUAGAACGAUGCCUCAAAGUGCUGUAUUACCGGGAUGCUCGUUCCUACAACAGACAUGAGAUUGCAAUUGUGACCGAGGAAGGAGUUGAAAUUCUUGGUCCACUGUCAUCAGAAACAAAUUGGGACAUUGCCAAUAUGGUCAGUGGAUUUGAGUGAAGGCUCACCCUGCACAUUUGGUUUUUCUUAAGUAUUCUUUGCUCCAUUAGAGGACUGCUUUGUUGGAAUUAGUAUGAUCAAUGUUAUUGAUUUGUUCUUUAUUACAAAAAUAAACUCUUAAAACGUG